UCCUUCACAAUUAUUUUCCUUUUCUCAGAUAAUUUCUCUCUCUCUCUCUUGCGUGAACCAAAAAGAAAAAACGAUGGUAGAGAUGAAAAAGAAACAGUGUCGUGAAAUCUGGAGUUGGAAUCGAAACAAAGAGAUGAGUUUAAUCGAAGAUUGUCUACGAAACUACCGUUUCAUUGCAAUCGACACAGAGUUUCCAGGUUCUUUAAGACAAACUUCACAACACGCAACAGACGACGAACGUUACAACGACAUGAGCUUUAGUGUCGACAGAACAAAACUGAUCCAGUUAGGUCUUACUCUGUUCGACAUCAAUGGAAGAAUUGGAGGAAUCGGAAUCAAGGGUUUUUUCUCGGAGAUGUUUUGGAUUCUGAAGAAGACGAGGAAUAUCACUUGGGUCACGUUUCAUGGAUAUUACGAUAUCGCUUAUUUGCUCAAGUGUUUCACCGGAGAAGCUUUACCCUUUACUUCUGAGAGGUUUUCUAAAGCGGUGGCGAGAAUUCUCGGUUCUGUUUACGAUUUGAAAGUCAUGGCUGGUCGAUAUGAAGGACUUAGUAGCAGAUUUGGUCUAGAGAGUUUAGCUCAUGAGUUGGGACUCAACCGUGUUGGUACUGCACACCACGCCGGUUCGGAUAGCGAAUUAACGGCUAGGGUUUUUGCUAAAAUGACUAAAAUCUGCAACAAUGUGCAAGAAUCUGAAGGUUAUGUUUAUGGACUUGGGUAUAGAGUUAUAUCAGAUCGUUUGAAGCAAAAGCAGCAUAUGAACCAAGUGAUGAGGACAAGUUUCUACGGACCACCACCGCCACCUCCACCACCGUUUCCGCUGCUAAGACCAAUGUUUGUACCUGGUUUUCCGCGUUUUGGUGGCUUAGUCUUAAUGCCUAGAGUAUCUAUGUCUUAAAUCUUCAUGAAAUUACUUCUUAGUGUUUCUGCUUUGAUGUCUUAGUGUUAAGUCAACAGAUAUCUUCUUGUUAGGAUUGUGAAUGUAUUUGUUUUGAUCUGGUAAAAAGAGUAUUCAAUGUAUUAGUGCCGAUUUUAAUGGAAAGGUUAGAUUUUUAUUAUUGUUUGAGGCUAUGAAUCAGUGGAAAUCGAAAAUAAGUGAAUCAGAAAUAA